GCCGGGGCCGCUGCCCUGCCUUCCGAGGAUGCCGUCGCCCGACGAGGAGGACCGCGAGCGUCGCCGGAGCCGCCGGAGGGACCUUCUGCUGAGCCAGAUCAGCUUCCUGGCCUUGGUGGCGCUGCUGCUCUGGUCGCUGUCGAGCAUGCAGGAGCACGAUGACCUCGACUUCAUGGACCUCAUAGGGCAGGACAGACAGUGGACGGUGGGCAGGAAGUUACUGCAGGUGAACGACACGCUGACUUCGGAAGAUGCUGGGCUGCGGAGCAGCAAGAAUUGCACUGAACCAGCCCUGCACGAAUUCCCCAAUGACAUCUUCACCAACGAGGACCGGAGACAGGGAGCGGUGGUCCUGCACGUGCUCUGUGCCAUGUACAUGUUCUACGCGCUGGCCAUCGUGUGUGACGACUUCUUCGUCCCCUCCUUGGAAAAGAUCUGUGAGCGCCUGCACCUCAGUGAGGACGUGGCUGGGGCCACGUUCAUGGCGGCGGGCAGUUCGGCCCCAGAGCUGUUCACGUCCGUUAUAGGCGUCUUCAUCACCAAGGGCGACGUGGGAGUGGGGACCAUCGUGGGCUCUGCCGUCUUCAAUAUCCUGUGCAUCAUCGGCGUCUGCGGGCUCUUCGCCGGGCAGGUUGUGGCUCUUUCCUCCUGGUGCCUGCUGCGGGAUUCGAUUUACUACACGCUGUCCGUGGUCGCGCUUAUCGUGUUCAUUUAUGAUGAACAAGUUUCCUGGUGGGAGUCUCUGGUCCUCGUGCUCAUGUACCUCGUCUACAUCGUCAUUAUGAAAUACAACGCCUGCAUGCAUCAGUGCUUCGAGAGGAGGACGAAAGGUGCUGGAAACAUGGUCAACGGCUUGGCCAGCAACGCCGAGGUGGACGACAGCAGCAACUGUGACGCGACUGUGGUGCUACUGAAGAGAGCCAAUUUCCACCGCAAAGCGUCAGUGAUCAUGGUGGACGAGCUGCUGUCAGCCUACCCACACCAGCUGUCUUUCUCUGAGGCCGGUCUUCGAAUCAUGAUCACCAGCCACUUCCCCCCCAAGACCCGACUCUCCAUGGCCAGCCGCAUGUUGAUCAAUGAGAGACAGAGACUGAUAAACAGCAGGGCUUACGCCAACGGGGAGUCCGAGGUGGCCAUCAGAAUCCCCAUCAAGCACACGGUGGAGAACGGGACGGGGCCGGGCAGCGCCCCGGACAGAGGCGGCAGCCGGGCCCGGAGGGACGACGCCGUCGCUGAGGCUGGCGACGAGGCAGAGAAUGAGAACGAGGACAACGAGAAUAACGAGAAUGAUGAGGACGAGGAGGACGAGGAGGAUGAGGAGGGACCCUACACGCCGUUCGACCCCCCCUCUGGCAAACUGGAAACAGUGAAAUGGGCGUUCACCUGGCCCCUGAGCUUCGUCUUAUACUUCACUGUCCCCAACUGCAACAAGCCCCGCUGGGAGAAGUGGUUUAUGGUGACGUUCGCUUCCUCCACGUUGUGGAUCGCAGCCUUCUCCUACAUCAUGGUGUGGAUGGUCACCGUCAUCGGUUACACGCUGGGGAUCCCCGACGUCAUCAUGGGCAUCACCUUCCUGGCGGCCGGAACCAGCGUGCCUGACUGCAUGGCCAGCCUCAUCGUGGCCAGACAAGGCAUGGGGGACAUGGCCGUGUCCAACUCCAUCGGGAGCAACGUGUUUGACAUCCUCAUCGGCCUCGGCCUCCCCUGGGCCCUGCAGACCCUGGCUGUGGACUACGGAUCCUACAUUCGGCUGAACAGCAGGGGGCUGAUCUACUCCGUGGGCUUGCUCCUGGCCUCUGUCUUUGUCACGGUGUUUGGCGUUCACCUGAACAAGUGGCAGCUGGACAGGAAGCUCGGGUGCGGGUGCCUUUUCCUGUACGGCGUGUUCCUGUGCUUCUCCAUCAUGACCGAGUUUAACGUGUUCACCUUCGUGAACCUGCCCAUGUGCGGGGACCACUGACCGCGGCCGCCGCCCAGCUCGGCUCCUCCUUUCUGUGCAAUACGAGGCCGGCGCCCGAGUCGCGGCCCCGCCCGGCGUCGUCUCCCGCGCGGUCCACCGGCCUCCGCUCCUGCCCGGCGGCCCGGCCUCCCCGCCGCCCCCCAGCCCCGGCUCCCCGCCCCGCCCCCGGCUCCCCGCCCCCGCCAUGUGAAGACCCGACAUCCGCGUGAAUUUUCCAGCUCCACUUUUAAACAGUGACUGAGGUUCUAGAAAAACUGGCUGCUAACUGGCCCAAGCCAGGCAGAACUUAGUUCAUCCCUCCUCCUGUUUUAAGUUAUUGGAUGGAAGACAAGCCUAAUUUAUGACCUGAGACUGGGGAAGGAAGAGAGGGGAGAGGGUACGUCGAUGACUUGGGAUUUCCUGACGCUGAGGGGCUGAUUCCUAGGUUACUGGGUCUAGGGGGGUCGUUUGGCUUUGGGGGCUCCCCGUUUUCUUCCUUUUAUUCCAGAGGUUGAGAGCUUCUCUUGCAUCUCCUUUCACUGGGCUCUGGAUCCUGCACCAGCCACAGAUGUGUCUGCUGCAUCCACUGCGGUAGAAUCCCAGGCUCAUGGGAGCGUGUAUGGAUGUAGCUGAUCAGAGGAGCAGCUGGGAACAAACGCACCACAGGUCACACCCGGGGGCCUCCCCGAGUCCUGCAGGCAUUUCCUGGGGCACAGGGCUUUCGAGGAAGAAGACAGCUUCCCACCUGUCCAUUUUGACCAUCACUUCCUCCCCAGGUUCUUUCUAGUCUCUCAAGCAAUAGUUCUAGCCUGCCGGAGGCCCUUGUCCAGGGGCCCUGGUUCAACUAUCCAUCUGUGAGUCCCUGAGAUGUGCUCUCUUUGCUUGGUGUUUGGGGUGACAGGGAGUGACCUGGAGGCCACCACUGCUUUACAUGCAGGAGGUACAGACACUGGUUUCUUGGGACGUGGAGAAAAGCACGCUUUGCACAGACGUUGCCACUCGGUACUGAGUACACUGGACCCCAACUGCUGGCUCUUGGGCCAGCGUCCUUCCUCGUGGGAUGCCACUGCCAAGAUGCCCCAGCUCCAGUCCUCCCCUCCUGGAGGGAUGGCACGGGAAGGAGAAAACGGAACUGACACCUUCGGAACCGCAGAAUGUGUUCAGUGCAGACUCGCUCAAGGGUGUGAGUUAUUAUGAACGUUGUUGCCAAUCACUGCUCAACAGCCCUGCUAGGUUUUGUCUGAUGCUGAAUUAUUAUGCAGACUAAUUCCACCGAGUUGAGACCCACCCAUGCUUGUUACACUUGUAUUUAUUGAAACUGUGGAUUCUUGCCCGAGCCACCCCUUGUAUUUACUUUACGCACUGAUCACUUAUUUGUUCGGUAUGGUUUUCCCCCUCCCUGUACACAUUCUGGUAUGAAUUGUAAAAAUAACCUGUUACAAGUUGGUUGAAGGGUCCUGCCAAUGGUGCACACGGAGGCCGGCGUGAGCCGUUGGGCACCUGUCGGAUGGAGCAGCGGGAGAAGGAAUCACCAGUUUGGGCUCUCAGAGCUAAGACACACUUAUAGAUUCUGUUACACAUUUUGCACUGGUUUCUGGCGAUUGUUUUCUUGGACAGAUAGUGUAAAAUAAACUUCUCUGUUCUGUA